UGGCUGCUUUCUCUGCCUCUCCGAGCGUCUUUGAGCUGUUUUGACAUAUGCGCUCUCUCUCUGCUUCUCUGCCUCUUUCUCUCCUCUGUCUUCCCAUACCUCUCCAUUGCUCCAUUGCUCUCUGUUUCCCCCCCUCCAGGACAGGAAAGGAGCGGUAGCAGGGAGCACCAGCGAAGAAGACUGACCACAAUAACAGGAAGAGGAAGUGGGCAGUGACCUGUGCUCGAGGGGGGCUGCGGUUGGACAGCUGUGGUUCAACACUUUCGGCCGCUGGAUGAGAAAACCACAUCAGAGGCGACAGGAGGAAAAAAGAGCAAGAGAUUCUCAAAACCUGUUGGACUCGUGAGGAAAAACCUCGACGACCUGAGGAAGAGAAAAAAAAAACUUUCUACCUGUUUGAGAGGAGAAAAACAAACCUACAGAGGAAGAGACUGGGUGAUAUCUCAGCGAUUACCUGCUGAGUGAACUCUGCUUUUUAUUCCUAAAAUCUGUCAAGACUCUGAAGGUUUGUCUUUUAGAACUCUUGGAUUCAUUCUCAUUCAAGAGGAAUCACCCCAUACUACAUCAUCACAGACUUAUCUUAUUAUCCGCUCCACAGAAAAGGAUUUGUACAGAAACCUGGUGAAAAUCAAGCCGAGAGAGAAAUCCCUGCCUGUACAACAACACCUGCUGCUCUCUUUCAACAUCAGGAAAACCAGCAGACAGAGAACAGCGAGUGAGGAGGAGGUGGUUUUACUCCCUGUUGAGCGUACAACCACCUACCAGCCACUAAUUUGUACGACAACUUGCCACGUUAAUAAAGUAUACCCCAGUCUGUGUGAGCAGGAGAGCACCUUGAAGGAUUUCCUUUUGCACCAUAACAGAUUCUUGGCUUGGACCUUCUGUCUGUGUGAUGAUGGCUUGGCUCCAGCUGUGGAGUACGGGGCUUACGGCCAUUAUGGCCUUGUCCUUCUCUCUUGCUGCUACUGAAGAUUUGGGCCUCCCUGCGAUGGCAGCACAGCAGCGAGGCCCUGUCGAGAUUGUGAAGAAGGAGAACCAUCCCGUCCUGUUCAGGCAGAAGAGAGAGUGGAUCUGGAAUUCUCUGUAUGUGGAAGAGGAGAAACCUGCACCUAUCGCCUACAAGAUCGGACAGCUGAAGUCAAGCCAGAAAGUGGAGGUGAAGAGCUUCAGAAUAGAGGGUGAAGGAGCAAACACCAUCUUCACCGUAGAUCGCAAAGGAGACCUGUUUGUUACCAGAUCUCUGGACAGAGAGGAGAAGAAUGCGUACCAUUUGACCGCCAGGAUGUAUGAUGGGAACAACCAGCUGAUAGAGGACUCUGGAGACUUUGUCGUCCAGGUGACGGAUAUCAAUGACAACACUCCAGUUUUCCCCAGACCAUAUAAUGGAUCCAUAAUGGAGAGAUCCAUGAUAGGAACUAAAGUAGUUGAGGUGAGGGCGACUGAUGCUGAUGACCCCACCACUGCUAAUGGAGAGCUCAGGUACUCUUUGACCCCAGGCGGAGACCUUUCUGCCUUUGAAAUCGACAGCAUCUCAGGUGUGAUCAGCUGCAAGACAAACACUCUGGACCGGGAAACCAAGGGUCAGUACAUAGUGGUGGUUAAAGCUCAGGACAUGAGAGGAAUGGCCUCUGGCAGCACAUCCACCACCUCCGUCACCAUCACCAUCACCGACAUCAACGACAACAUAGCUUCUUUCACCCGAAAGACGUAUGAACUGCACGUUCGUGAGGACCACAAGUUGAAUGAGAAGAUUGGCACUCUGGAGUUGGAGGACAGGGAUCAGAUCCAGAACAAAGAGCCCAUCUUCGUCAUUCCAAGUGAAAACAGCAAAGUGUUUAACACUGAACUCAGCCCCAACAAGGAUGGCAACCUCAUGCUCAAGCAGGCUCUGGACUACGAGACGACCCCCAGCUACAGUUUCACCAUCCAAGUGAAAGAAAACCUGAGAAACCUGCGCUUUCCUGCCGACAACGUGAACAGCGCCGUCACCUCAGCUCAGGUAAUCAUCAAGGUGCUGGAUGUAGACGAGGCACCGGUUUUCUCGCAGCCCAUUUACACUUUCAAUGUGGUGGAGGAACGAGUUGUGACCAACAUCGGAGCAGUCACUGCCAGAGAUCCUGACAAAGCCAACAAGAGCAUACGGUACUCCAUCUUAGACAAGGACUGUCCGAUCAGUAUCAACCCGCUCACAGGUCAGCUGUCCACCCUGAGGACGCUGGACAGAGAGCUGGAGGCCACACACAUGUUUCAAGUUAAGGCACAGGAGGAGCCAAAUGGUUUGGAGUCAUUUGUUAAAGUUAACAUUAUAGUUCAGGACAUCAACGACAACAAGCCUGAACUGACCGUGGAUGAGAUCUUCGUAUGUGAGAACGACCCCACGAACACGGUGAUAGGAACCUUGAGAGCCACAGAUAAAGACGACCAGCCGGCCUCCUUCACUUUCAGCCUGGCCAGCGAGAGCUCCAACUUCUCCAUCAGAGACUACGGCAACAGCACAGCAGACGUCAUGGUGAAACAGGGGCCGUUCAGCCUGGAUGACCCCAAGGAUUACAGCGUGGAUGUGCGCAUCAGUGACGGAGGGCGACCCAUCCAGACCAGCAUCACCAAACUGGCUAUCAAGUCGUGUCGCUGUGACGCCAGGCGGAUUCCUACGCAGUGCAAAGCUGGUGCUCGGAGGAUGGGAGUGAGCGUCCACGCCCUGAUAGCCAUUCUGCUCUGCAUACUGACCAUACUGGUCAUAGUGAUCCUGUUUGUGAUGAGGAAACGCUACCAGAAGGAUUCACUGGCCAGUAUGAAGAACAGCGGUGAGAUUCAUGAGCAGCUUGUCACAUACGAUGAGGAGGGAGGAGGAGAGAUGGACACUAACGGCUACGACGUCUCAAUCCUCACUUCCGCUUGCAACGACGGCUCCCUGCUCCGUCAUCCUGAACACCACCCCCACCCCUCUCUCUACGCCAUGGUGCAGAAAUCCCAACACCACGCACAACCCACUGCAUGUAAGGGCGAUAUGGCUGUGAUGAUCGAGGUGAAGAAAGACGAGGCGGACCACGACAGAGACGGCUUCCCAUACGACACUCUCCACAUCUAAGGCUACGAGGGACCCGAGUCUUUAGCCGGCAGCCUCAGCUCUCUGGAAAGUUCCUCCACCGGCUCGAACUUGGAUUACGACUUCCUGAACGACUGGGGGCCAAGGUUCAGGACCCUGGCCGAGCUGUACGGUGUGGACGCACCUGAGUACUACCAUCAAUACUGAUGGAGACCGUCUGCUGAUAAGCAUAUGUGAUGCCAAAAUACAUACACAGACACACAUAAAAAACAGCCAUAGGAAUAACCUCACACACUCACACAUAGCCAAAAGCAUGCAGGAAAUAAACAUGUUCACACACACACACACACAGACACACACACACACACACACACACACAGAACCAGGCUUUGAUGCCAUUUUGUUUCUUUGUGAGAGCAUCAAACUCCAACAAGCUCCAUCAACUAUAGAAACAAGGAGAUUUUGGAGAGCUCUUUUUUUCUCAUGACAUGGUGCCCUCUGCCUCCUCCUCCUCCUCCUCCUCCACUGAGGAGAUGUUGGAAAGAUUUUUAAAGUAACACCAGGACAUGACGCCAUGGGAGAAAGUGAGAACUAACUGCUUCACAGAUUUGCAAGAUUGUUGGUGACAGCAUGAGAUCCACACCACGAGGAUGGUUUUUGUUCUGUCACAGUGUUGUGAAGUUUGACAUCAGAACCCCUUUUAUUCCACCUGAGAAGAUCUGGAAGUCCAAUCAGAUGAAGCUUCACUGCGAGUCGUAGCCAAUCAGAGUUAAACUUGGAUAAUUGAUGGGUUAAUCAGGUCACUGCUGGCCAGCGAUGUUACUCAGUAAUUCAGAUUCUUUAUGUCCUUUUGCAUUUAGUUCAUGCAGCACUAUUUUGCAUCCCCCUUUUUACCACCAGUGACUGUAUUGCAGAGUUUUGUAUGCACAUGUAUUCAUCUACAUAUACCUGCCAAUGAUGCAUAUUUCUUAAUGAAAAGAAAUAAACUAACGCAUAAUUAAACAUCGACACAAUCAACACAUUCUCACUCCCAUGUCGUCAAAAUGCGAGACUUGGUCAGUGGCCCUACGCAUCAUGACACUCUAGUGAACAAUGAUCGUGUGUCAAUUUUUGCUGGUUUCAUGCAUUGUGUUUUUAAAAUUAGUUUGCGUUUUCAGAGGAAAUGUACAGUUUCUGCUCCUUGAAUGCAUACAGUC